AACACUUUUGCUAAAUAAUGCUGUUUUGACAAAAACGAGUAAAUUGAUUAUUUGACGAUUACCUAUCGUCCAUCCUGUAAGGCAAUAGCAUGGGGAGGCGUCCAAGUCACAGUUGGGCCCUGAAGAAAGUUAAAAAAACGUAAAAUAAAGUCCCAAACUCACAGCGGUUACGAAACAUGUUCCCAAUCAAUCAUUAAUCGGGUGACGUCAAUUAAGUGCGUGAGGGUUCAGGGUUUAGGCCUUGUGUGGGGGGAUUGUGACUGGGCAAAAACCCACUUUGGCAAGAUCUUACCCUUUCUGAGGUGUUUCUUCUGGAUAUUUAUUCCGUCCCGGGCUCUGCAUAGCGACGCUGGUUCGUGCACUCACCGGAGACAAUACACAUAAAUAUGUUCCUUUACGUCCUCGGUCUGGUGGCUCUUUGGUUCGGCUAUCGCUGGUUCAAGGAAACCAAACGGGUGUCCAACCGGGAAGAUAAAUAUGUCUACAUCACUGGCUGUGACUCUGGGUUUGGUAACCUCCUUGCGAGAACCCUGGACAAGCUGGGCUUCCGUGUGAUCGCAGCCUGUUACACUGAGAAGGGUGAGGAUGAGCUGAAGAAGAUCUCCUCCGACAGACUGACGACCACACACCUGGAUGUCACCGACUCUGGAAGUGUCGCCAGAGCAGCAGGUCUGAUCAAGACCUUGGUUGGAGAGAAGGGCUUGUGGGCUGUUGUGAACAACGCCGGAGUCGGUCUGCCGUCUGGUCCCACUGACUGGCUCACUAUUGAGGAUUAUAAACACAUGCUGGCCGUCAAUCUGUGCGGGGUGAUAGAUGUAACACUGAGCGUCCUCCCUCUCAUCAAGAAGGCCAAAGGCAGAGUGGUGAAUGUCGCCAGUGUGUUUGGACGAAUCAGCCCGUUCGGUGGACCUUACUGUGUGUCCAAGUACGGGGUGGAGUCCUUCAAUGACAGUCUGCGUUUAAACGUGGCACCGUUUGGAGUCAAGGUCGCUUGCAUUGAGCCAGGGUUCUUCAAAACAAAUAUAACCGAUUCAGUGAUGUUGAAGAAUAACAUGAAGAAGCUCUGGGACAGAUUACCUCAGGAUGUGAAGGACGACUAUGGACACGGUUUCUUGGAGCAAACUCUGGAAAAGCUGGAUGAAAGGUUGGGGCAGUUAACGGACGCGGACCUGAUGAAGGUGGUCAGCUGCAUGGAGCACGCCGUCUCCGCCGUUCACCCUCGUACUCGCUACUCUCCUGGAUGGGACGCAAAGUUCGUCUGGUUGCCUCUUUCGUACAUGCCAACCUGCAUCUCAGAUAGACUUUUCCUUAAAAAUAGUCCCAAACCAAAAAAAUCUGUCCUGUAG